AUGAAAUAUUAAUUUUUUCCAAAGAAUAUUGUUAAUAAUAAACAAGAGAAUUCAGAUUAAAUGAAAGCUAUAUACUAAUUACAAUAACAUUUAUCAAUCAAUUAAAUUGAGAAUUGUUAUUCAAUAGAUUUUAGUAAAGAUUGCAAUACUAUAGCAGUUGGAGAAUUGUAAAUAAUCAAGGUUUAUUGGUUCACAUUAGAGAAGAUAAAGUUAAUUAAUACAUUAUUAGGUCAUAGAAAUGAGAUUUCAAUGUUAAGAUUUAUGUUAAAGUCUAAUAAUUUAGUUUCUACAAGUUUAGAUGGUUCAAUAUCUAUAUGGUCUUAGUGCCUAUUAGCAAAACCAUUAAAAAGUUACAAGUUAUUAAAUCAUUAGAAGGGUAUUAUAUGUUACACAAUAAAUUCUGAUGAAAGUCUUUUUAUUACUGGUAGUUAUGAUAGCACUAUGAAUGUUUGGAUUAAAAAAUAUAAUUAAUGGAUUUGCAAAUAGAAAUUAACUGAUCAUACUAGUGCUGUAUAUGGAAUUAGUAUGAAUGAAAAUUAAAAUACAGUUAUCUCUUGUGGUUAUGAUAAUAAAAUCUUAAUAUAUGCAACACAUUUUUUUGAAGAUUCAUAAUUAUUAACAAAGAUACAAACAAUAAAUGUAGAUAAUUAUGGAUUUAGAUUAUGUUUUAUUAAUAAUAAUAAAUUUGUUUUUUAGCCUUAAAAUGAUGAGAAUUUGAUAAUUUAUGAAUUAAAUGAUAAUGAUGGAAAAUUUAUAAAAACUAAGGAGUUAGGUAUGAAUAAUGGUAUAUAUUGCCAUGAAUACUUUCCUCAAUAAUAUAUAAGGGAAAAGCAGUUGUUAAUUAAUAAGAAUGGUUAUCAUGUAAAUAUAAUACAAAAUAAUUUAAAUUAAGAACUUGUUUUUGUAUAAUCAAUCAAUUUUAAUCAUUAUUUUGUUUUUGGAACAUUAAGUUACAAUGGUGAAUAUCUAGCUACUUGGGAUUGGAAAACAAGAAAAAUAUAGAUCAGAAAAUAUCAAGAAAAUUGA